UGGAAAGUUGCCCUUUCUGUUUGCUGGAUGGAGAGGGAGCAAGAACUGGGAAGGAUCAGAGUGCAACAAGUCCCUGCAAAGUGCAGCAGGAAAUAUGCCAUUCUAUGUAUGUAUAAUCUGCUGCUGAAGUGAAAUAACACAAGUGCCAAGCAUGAUACCCUCUCUUCUGAUGUCAUAUUGCUUCUCAGGGUGCAAACAGUGAUUGAGAAAGGGUCCAAUGCAUUAAUGUAGCACCAGAAGCUGCUGGGGAUCAGGACUGCAGCAGUGACCUCCAGGAAAACAAACAAACAGACUUGCCACGUUUGCAUGAUCACUCAGAGCAUGUUCUUCAUGUGGCUUUCGACAAUUACUGGAGGAAUAGUGGUGCUGUGUGUCUCUCUGAAGAUCUUUCUCCCCUAUUUCUGGGAAGAUCUGAUCUACUUCUUGAGGCGGAAGAGGUCAAAGGCAACAGUAAAAAAGUGGACCAAAAAUGGAAUUCACUCCAUAAUUGACCUUUUCAUGCUGGCAGUGGAAAAAAGACCCCACAAGCCAUUCCUUAUCUAUGAAGGGGUGGUGUCCACUUAUCAGGAUGUGGACAGGAGGAGUAACAGGGUAGCACAGGCCUUCCUACACUAUGGGAAUCUGAAAAAAGGUGACACUGUGGCCCUGCUGAUGGAGAAUGGACCUGACUUCAUCCACGUCUGGUUCGGGCUGGCCAAGCUGGGCUUCAUCGUGGCCUUUCUCAACACCAAUAUCCAUUCAAGAUCUCUGCUGCACUGCAUUGAUACAUGUGCAGCAAAAGCACUGGUCGUAGGAGAAGAUUGUCUGGAAUCAAUAGAGGAAGAAUUCAUUUUGAAUCUCUUGGAAAAUAAUGUUGCUGUCUGGCUGAUGAGCACCAGUCCUCCUUCCCAGCAUGUUCACACUCUACCAGACAAACUAGACAAGGUGCCUGAUAGUCCUGUUCCAUCUCAUCUUAGAGCUGUCACUGACACAAGAAACGCAGCUCUGUAUAUCUUCACUUCGGGAAGUACAGGUUUUCCAAAAGCUGCUAUCAUCACUCAUCUAAGAACUCUGGCUGCCUCCUUGGUAUUUGCUCAGUGUGGUGCAGUUUCUCAGGAUAUUAUGUAUGUCACUCUUCCCUUGUACCACAUCAGUGCUUCCCUUCUUGGCAUCAGUGGAUGCAUUCAAUUAGGAGCAACCUGUGUUUUGAAGAAGAAAUUUUCUGCGAGACAGUUUUGGAAUGACUGUAGGAAGUACAAUGUUACCAUGUUUUUAUACAUAGGAGAACUCUGCCGCUACCUCUGCAAUCAGCCCUGUAAAGAGGAGGACAGAGUUCAUAAAGUACGCAUUGCUCUUGGAAAUGGCAUCAGACCUUCUGUAUGGAAAGAAUUUCUGAUGAGGUUUGGCCCAAUUAAAAUAUAUGAAUUCUAUGGGUCCACAGAAGGAAGCCUUGUUUUCCUGAACUACACUAAUAAAAUAGGAGCUGUGGGCCGUGCUGGCAUCUUCUCAAAGUUUCUACAUUCUUUUGAGUUGUUGAAAUAUGAUGUCUGGAAACAAGAAGUUAUAAAAGAUGAAAAUGGAAGGUGCAAGAAAGCACCCAUAGGUAAACCUGGUCUUCUAGUUUUUCCAGUUACUGAGGAUGUCCCAUUUUCUGGAUAUGUUGGAAAUAAAGAAGCCUCAGAGAAGAAACUCCUGCGUAAUGUGUUUGUGGAAGGAGAUGUGUACCUUGACACAGGGGACCUCCUAGAGAUGCAUGAGGAUGGGUUCCUCUACUUCACUGACCGGGUGGGAGACACUUUCAGGUGGAAAGGAGAAAAUGUUGCCACUUUAGAAGUUGCAGAGAUCAUUGGCAUGGUGGAUUUUGUCCAAGAAGUUAACGUUUACGGUGUAAGUGUAAAAGAUUAUGAAGGAAGAACAGGGAUGGCAGCUAUUGUACUUAAACGUUACCACACCUUUAAUGGUGAAAGGUUUUAUAAGCAUGUUGAGGACCUCCUUCCAAGUUAUGCCAAACCACGGUUUGUAAGAAUCAUGGAUGCUAUUCAAAUUACUGGAACUUUCAAGCAUCAGAAAAUGCAUCUGGCAAAUGAAGGAUUUAAUCCAGAAAUUAUAUCUGAUCCUCUGUAUUUCAUGUAUGAACCUGCAUGUUCCUAUAUUCCUUUGACAAGAGAGAUAUACCAGAAGGUGGUUUCUGGUGAAAUACGUUUAUAACACACAGAAAUAAAAUCACUGUAUAAUACAGAAAAAUUCAGAUAUACUCCUGAAACCAUUUCAGCAGGAACACUUAUGCAAUAUUUGUUCUAAAAAUACAAGCUAUUCAAAUUAACCUUAUUGUGAUAAAAUCUGUUGCUUCCAAAGACACAGACACAAUAGUUAUGUGCAUUGUAUAAGCUGCACUGCAUCUGCUCAUAUUAUUUCCUCACACAUAUGGAAAUGAGCUCGCAUACGUAAAUUUUUAUUUUACAUUUCUCAUUGACUCAAAUUAUUUUUUUCUAAGCCACCAUUAUCUUAAUUUAGAUGAAUAUUUUACACACUUACAUUAUUAUUCAGACUCUGCUUUUAAAACAAAUGAAUAAUUAGAUAAAUAAUGUCCUAGGCAUUAAUAAAAUGAGCCAUCACAAACACAAGAAAAAUACUGCACAAGCACUGCAUGUAGACCUCAGUUCAAUGUUUGAUAAUUAUAGAAUGUAAUAUUUAAUUGCAGUACUUUAUGUGAUGCUCAA